AUGGGUUCCUCAGCUUGCAGAUGGUUCUUUGGUGAUGAAACAAAUCUGGAGAAUCCCGACCACGAAUACCAAUCUCGUCAGCUCAACUACCCCGUGCUGGCUCCGAACCACAAAGGGUUACAGAACGCCCAUGCGGCAGGCGCAAAGGAGAUUGUUGUUUUCGCAUCUAUAACUGAAGCUUUCAGCAGGGCCAAUCAGAACUGUACCCUCGACCAAGCUCUUCAUCACUGUGAAGCGGUUACAAAAGAGGCUCUCCAACUUGGAAUGCGAGUUCGCGGUGCUGUAUCUUGUAUCUUUUCAGAUUCAUUCUCUGGCCCCACGCCGCCCGAAGCUGUGUUGCCAGUAGUGCGCAGACUGUUAGAUAUGGGAUGCUAUGAGGUCGGGCUCGGAGAUACGCUGGGUGUUGGUACUCCAAAGAAGGUUCAAGAUCUGCUUGAGACACUAUUGACAGAGAUUCCGGCGAACAAACUUGCUGGACAUUUUCACGAUACAUAUGGCCAGGGCGUUGCCAACAUCGUCCAUGCCUACGAUUUAGGCAUCAGGAAGUUCGAUAGCAGCGUUGCCGGCCUGGGUGGCUGUCCCUAUGCGCCAGGCGCCCGAGGCAAUGUAGCCACUGAAGAUGUCAUUUACACACUUGAGAACUCCGGUAUUAGCACUGGUGUAGAUCUUGAAAAACUCUGCAGCAUUGGCCAGUGGAUAUCCAAUGAGAUCGGCAUCUCUUACGGAAGUAGGGCUGGUAUGGCCAUAUCUUCUAAGAAACCAUCCGUUCAAAAAUCAAAAUCGACACCAACCGAACCUUUAAAUUCAGAGAGAUCUUGGCAGGUGGUUGAAGAUACUGGAGAGUACCGCGUUUCUCGUUCUGGGUCUAUUAUGAAGGUCACCCUGACCUCCUCGAAGAACGGUAAUGCCCUGACAGAUUCCAUGCUAGAAGGGCUGACUACGCUAUUCAAGAACCUUCACCUGGAGCCAUCGAUUUACCAUGUAAUCCUUGAGUCAGAAGGUAGAUAUUUCUGCACAGGCAUGGAUUUGAGCGGCAAGACAGAGACAGCCAACUCUGGCGAGUCAAGCUACUACUCGAAAGUGGUAGCUCUGUACGAUGCUCUUGAUCAUGUCCCUCAGACCACAAUCGCUGUCGUGGAUGGGCCUUGUUACGGUGGUGGCGUUGGGCUAACUUUUGCAUGCGAUGUUCGCCUCGUGUCACCACGAGCUCGUUGGACGUUGAGCGAAGUCAAGAUAGGCGUGAGCCCAGCUGUUAUAUCCAAGUACCUUGUGAGGGAAUGGGGGCCAUCUAUGGCAAGGGAAGGCAUGAUGUCUGGAAGAGAGUUCGCCCCUGAAGAGUUGCACCGGGUAGGCACCAUUCACCGAAUCAGCAGCAAGGAGACACCUCUUCCAUCUCUAGUCGACAGCUAUCUGGACCAGCUGGAGAAAUGCGCGCCUCGCUCUGCCGCCAUUAACAAGGAGUUAACAAGGGUUGCCUGGGAUCAUCCUGAGAGUGAGACUCAAGCGCGCCUGAUUCAGAAGACUUUUGAAAAUAUGAUGGUUCCUGGCUCUGAGGGUGAACAUGGAAUUGGCCAAUUCCGCAAGAAGGCGAAGAUGUUCAAGUGGUCCGACUUUUGGGGGAGUCAAAGCCCAGUACAGGAGUCCAUCUACUAA